UCAUGCCGCCUACAAGUCAAAAUAAGUCGACCCAAAUUUUCUACUACUAUCCCCACCCGCGUUGGCGCUCCGAUGAUGGCGACGGUGGCUGUGGCGGUGAAGAGCUCCGACGGGAGGGGCAGCCAGCGGGCCGUGCGGUGGGCAAUGGAGAAUUUGAUGCACACAGCCGCUCGUUUGGUUUUGGUUCGGGUUAUGUCCCCCAUCACUUGCGUUCCCACUCCGUGUACGUUCCCUACCCUACCACUUCCUUCUCUUUACCAGUGCGAUCGCCAAAACACGCCCUGAUGUGUGUGAGUGUUUCCGCGAGAGCGCGGCGUUGGGAUUUGGAUGCUUUAAUUGGAACUGUUGAAGGAGGCUGGUUUACUAGAGUUGAAAUUCGAUACUAAGUUAUUUUUUUAUUUCUAUUCUUUUGCUGUGUUUGUCAGUUUAAUUAUAAUUUGAUACACUUGGUACUUGUUAUGUCCGUCCGUCUUCGCGAAUUAAUGUUGUACUUGAGUGUGUGUGGUGAUUGAGGGAUUAAAUUUUGUGAAUUGGUGAUGAAAUAUGGUUUAAUUUUUGCUGCGGGAGCAGUGGGAGUGCACGGGCUCGACACCUGUGCCUAUCCAUCCCUAAAUUGUUGAGUGAUGUUGUAGUCCUGAAUUGUGUGGGAGUAGUUUGAUCAUAAAAAAUGUUGCUAAGAAAUCUUUGAUUCUUGUUGAAUGAUGUAGUGAUGCUACUCAUUGUGCGUCUGUUGCAUUGUUAAAGAGCAGGUGGUAGCAUACCCAUCAGCGAGCUAGAUGGAAGUAUGGUGGACAUGUAUACUCAUGAUAUGCAGGAAAAAUAUGAGGAAGAUCUAUCAACUUUUAGGUAUCGACAUAGGACACAGAAGAUUGAGACCGUGUUACUGGAAGGAGACAAUCCUGCAUUUGCUCUUCUAAGGUAUAUAUCCGAUUCAGGAGCUACAAGUUUGGUGCUGGGCUCUUGCUCAUCCAAUUCCUUUGCUAGGACGCCUAAUGAUUCUGAGGUGCCGUCAAUAGUUCUCAAACGUGCUCCUGACACGUGCAAAAUCUAUGUGGUCUCAGCAAAAAAAAUCACAUCAAAUUCCUCUAAUCCUAUGUCAACAUCUGGGAGGGAGCGUGAUUCUCGUUCAUUCACAUCUUCUUCUUCAUCUUCAGAGUCCAAAUAUAAGAACUGCCUUUCAGAUGUUAGUCAUCUUCCUUCUCGUUCACAAACAACAACAUUCUCUUCUGUGAAUCUGGAUGCUGUUAUGGAGACAUCUCAUCAAGCAUCAGAAGAGAAACUCUCAGAUAUGUCAAGAAAUAAAGGAUUCCCGUCCAUUUCUUCUACGCACUCAAAGCAGUCAGACAUUCAGGUUGAAAUAGAGCAACUGCGCCUGGAAGUGGAGAAUACUAUGACCAUGUAUAAUCAAGCUUGUCAAGACCUGGUCCAUGCACAGAGCAAGGUGCACUUGCUUUCUUCUGAGUGCAUUCAGGAAGCACAGAGAGUGAAUGCUGCACAGGAAAGAGAAGUAAAUUUAAGGAAAAUUGCUGCUCAAGAGAGAGAGAAAUAUUUGGAAGCUGAGAAGGAGGCUGACAUGGCGAAAAGACUUCUUGCGGAAGAAACAUAUGAAAGGCAGAUGGCAGAACUCAUGGUGCAGAAAGAAUCAUUAGAGAAAAACAAAAUUGCUGAUGCGCUACUGUUUGGUGAUCUACGAUAUAGAAGGUACACGCGAGAUGACAUACAGAUAGCAACCUGUUCUUUUGAAGAAAAUAGAGUGAUUGGCGAAGGAGCAUAUGGUAAAGUUUAUAAGUGCAGCCUUGAUCACACCUCAGUUGCUGUUAAAACUCUUCGCCCUGAGGCUUCUGACAGAAACAAGGAGUUUCUAAAAGAGGUGGAAGUGCUUAGUCAAUUACGCCAUCCUCACAUUGUUUUGUUGCUUGGAGCCUGUCCAGAACUUGGCUGUCUUGUUUACGAGUAUAUGGAGAAUGGGAGUCUUGAAGAUCAUAUCCUGCCCAGAAGGGGCAGACCGCCCCUUCCUUGGCCUGUUAGAUUUCGGAUAGCAUUUGAGGUUGCUUGCGGACUUGCCUUCCUGCACCACUCGAAGCCAGAGCCAAUAGUUCAUCGGGAUCUAAAACCUGGAAACAUUUUGCUUGACAAAUACUAUGUGAGCAAAAUCGGGGAUGUAGGCCUGGCCAAAUUCAUCUCCGAUCUUGUGCCUGACAAUAUAACAGAGUAUGGGGAGUCUGUUAUAGCAGGCACCCUGUUCUAUAUGGAUCCUGAAUACCAAAGAACAGGAACUCUUCGACCAAAAUCCGAUCUAUACUCUUUUGGAGUAAUACUCCUCCAGUUAUUGUCUGCACGCCAUCCCAAAGGGCUUAUAAUGAAGUUUGAAAAUGCUGUGAGCAGUGGCAAUUUCUUGGAUGUUCUUGAUCAGUCGGUUACAGAUUGGCCACUAGCUGAAGCAGUUCAACUUGCAGAGGUAGCAUUGAAAUGCUGCAAACUCAGAUGCAGAGAUCGACCGGACCUUGACACCGAAGUAUUGCCCGUUUUGAAAAGACUCGCAGAGUUUGCUGAUUCCGGUAGCUUGGCUGAAAGAGACCUCAGACUAGCACCGAAACACUAUUACUGCCCAAUUCUUCAGGAAAUAAUGGACAAUCCCUUCAUAGCAGCAGAUGGUUUCACAUACGAGCAUUAUGCGAUAAAGGCAUGGCUUGACAGGCACGAUGUUUCCCCGGUGACAAAACAAAAACUACAGCACAAGAUGCUCAUUCCAAAUCAUAUGCUGCGCUCAGCCAUCCAAGAAUGGAUUGGAAACGACGCGUAAAACAAUCUGAAAACGCUCAUUCAUUGUGUUGUUACUAUGAUUGCACCAUUCUUGGAAAUGUAUAUAAACAGAUAUUGAUCAUAACUGUUAUGGCUUUUGCUAAGUUAUGAAAUGUAGACAGUAGAUGAAAUUGAAUGGCUGCUUUAAUAUGUAUAUGCCAACAAGUGUAACAUUUCCGUGAUCAAAUAUUGUCUGUAAUCUAAACGAACUAUUAUAGUUAUAUUCGUGUGGAGAAUCUAA